AUGCACCAAAACCAACACAACAACAACAACAACCAGCACAACAACCAACACAACAACCAGCACAGCAACCAACAGUUCAAAACCCUGCACAACAACAACCACAAACAGAGCAAGGACAUAAAAGAAGUAGAGAACAAGGAAACCAAGAAUUCUUAA